AUGCUUAACAAUCAGAGUGAAAGUAAGCUUCUCCUUGAAAAUAAACAACGACAAAAAUGGUGGCGUCAUCGUCCGGCUAAGAUCAUCUGCAUCACUUUUAUUCUUUUAACAAUUUUUGUAGUGACCCUCUCACUAGUAUUAAAAUUCGUUGUUUUUGCACCGCCCAAGGUAGAAACCUCUACUACUACUACUACUACUACAACAUCAGUAAUAACAACAUCAACAUCAACCACAACAACGACAUCGACUUCAACGUCAACAACAACUACGACCACUACUACUCAAGGGUCAGGAUGGUCUGAUACUGGUCAUAUGAAUGGUGCACGAAGUUAUCAUACAGCAUCCGUCUUAACAGAUGGAAAAGUAUUAGUAACGGGUGGAUAUAAUAUUAAUGUAACUCUGGCUAGUUGUGAAUUGUAUGAUCCAGCAACACAAACUUGGACAACUACUGGUAAUAUGCAUAUAGAACGGUAUCGUCACACAGCAUCUGUAUUGACAGAUGGGAAAGUGUUAGUUGCCGGUGGAUCUACUCAUAGUUCUUGGAUAAAUAGUAGUGAAUUAUAUGAUCCAGCGACAGGCAAUUGGACAAUUACUGGUAGCCUGAAUUAUCCACGAAAUAUGCACAUAGCAACAGUGUUAAAAAAUGGAAAAGUCUUGGUUGCUGGUGGAAUAGGUGAUCGUGAUACUCCGUAUAGUGCUGAGUUGUAUGAUCCAUCAACAGACAAUUGGACAAAAACUGGUGACAUGAAUCGUGCACGAGAGUCUCACACAGUAUCCGUUCUAACAAAUGGCAACAUCUUAGUUACUGGUGGUACUCGUGGGAGUGGGAAUAGUGCUGAAUUGUAUGAUCCAUCGACAGGUAAUUGGACACUUACUGGUAGCAUGCACUAUGAACGACAGUGGCAUAAAGCAGUGGUCUUAGCAAACGGAACAGUAUUGGUAUCUGGUUCAAUUGGUACUAACACUGCUGGAUAUACUGCUGAAUUGUAUGAUCCAUGGACCGGUAAUUGGGCACUUCUUGGUGGUUACCUGAAUAAGCCACGAUUCUAUCAUACAGCAUCUGUACUAACAAAUGGAAAUGCAUUAGUCACUGGUGGAUGUCACGUUACUUGUGGAAAUACGGCCGAAUUAUUUAAUCCAGCAACAGGUAAUUGGACAAUAAUUGGUAACAUGAAUAAUAUGACUAAUGGACGAUUUCGUCACACAGCAUCUAUCUUAGCGAAUGGAAAAAUUUUGGUUGUUGGUGGCGAUGAUCAAAAUGAGAUUUAUCUAAAGAGUGCUGAGUUAUAUCAACCAUUGUAA